AUGGAUAACCAAAGGAGAUCAUCUCCAAAUGGUGGAGUAACAAAACCAAUGAGGAGUAAAGUGAGGAAAGCAUGUGAUAGUUGUAGAAAGAGAAAGAUAAAAUGCACCGGAACACAACCAUGUUCCUCUUGUCAGGCAUAUAAUUGUAAGUGUGUUUAUAGUGGGAGAACUAUAGGUUCAAGUAAUAAUGUUAAUAUUAACAUUAGUAAUAAUGAUCAUAAUUAUGGUGAUUACAUAUCUUCCUAUACUUCUAAUGAAACACAUAUAUCUAAGAUAAUUAAUAAGAAUGGUAUCAAUAGUAGCAGGAGCAGCAGUAGCACUAGCACUAGCAUUAGCACUAGCACCAACAGUAAUAAUAAUUGUAUUAGUACUGGGGAUAGCCACAAUGAUAUUGAGAUCAAAAAUGCAAAUGUAAUAAAAAUAAACAGUGGUGUUUAUGAAGACAAUACAGAUAUUGAAAAAAGAUUGGAUAAUUUAAAUAAAGUACUUUUACAAUUGAAGGAUUUGGAAAAUACCAUAAAGCAAACACAUUUAGAUGGUGAAAACUUGCAUAUCAACGAGUUAAUUAAUUCAAUUAAAGAACAGUUAGCUGAAAUUAAUAAUCAAUGGCAACCUGAGAUAGAUUUGAUUCAAUAUAAGGAACUGAAUAAAAUUGCAGUUAAAUCUGUAGAGACUUAUUUAUUGAAAAAUAAAUAUUCAGAAACUGUUCCAAUAACUAAAUUUGCGAUAUCCGGUGAUAAACAGUUGGAACAAACUUUAAUAAACUCUGAUGCAAAUAAUAUAGAUAAUUUUACUCAAUUGAAAGUGACUCAAUAUCCAGUUGUAGACGAGAUGUUCGGUUUAUACUCAGCUUAUGAAGUUUUCUCUCUUAGAGGUAUAGGUACAUGUUUCAUUAAAUCUAUCAAAAAUCAAAAUCAUUGUAAAAACAUAAGCAAAAGUAUAAAAGAAACUUUAUAUUUGACUUUGAGAUUCUUUGACAUGGUAAUGUCACAUUUUCACGAAAAUGCUUUGUCUAUUGGAAAUCCAAUUGAAAGUUAUCUACAGUUGAAAAAAAUACCAAUUUCACAAACACCAAUCUCAAACGCUAAUUCUCCUUUAAUUGAGAGUAAUAAUAUUAAUAAUAAUAGCAAUGUUGUUACUAAACUUUCUUUUGGGAACGGUAAUACUGCUAUGCCAAAUUCUCCUAACUCAGCAUCUACAGGUUCAUCAUUUUCCUCUGAAAAUACAAAAGCGUUAGUGGCUAUUUUGAUUAAAAUGUUACCUCAGCCAUUUGUAGAAAAACAUACAGGUAUUAGCAAUGCUCAAUUAUUAGAUUCUAUGUAUGAUGAUGUGCUAAUGUUUAAAUUACUUUUAGAUAUGUAUGACACUCAUAUGAAAUCACUUGACAAAUUUAUGGGGGAAAUGAAUUUACAGACACAUCAAAAUAAUAGUAAUUAUAAUAGUAAUUAUACUAAUUACAAUACUAUGAACAAUAUUGUUCCAACUAUAAAACCCGCAGAUACACAUAAAUUAUUAAAUUUUUCGAAUGAGGGCGAGUUGUUGUUGGUUUUACUAUACACAUAUUAUAAUUCUACUCUUUAUAUGUAUUUUAAUCCAGAUAGUGCAUUGGAAUAUUUAGAGAUGUUGAUUAGAUUAUUGGAUCAGCAGGUGUGGAAUGAGGAUAAAAAUGGUUUUUAUAAAGUACUAGGUGCUGCAAUCCCAAGAGCAUUGGAUAUGGGUUUAUCUAGGUGGGAGUAUUAUGUUGGCCUUGAUGAAUUUUAUGCUGAAAGAAGAAGAGAAGUAUGGUGGAAAUUAUAUUGUCAUGAAAAGAGCAGUAUAGUAAAAUCGGGGGUUACUUCAGUCAUCAAUGAUAAAAUUAUGACCUGUUUAUUGCCUAAAUGCUUUAGAGAUGUAGGAUUUCUAGAUAAUAGAGAUUUUUUAUCAAGGGUCGCAGAAGUUAAAAGGAAUGAAAUUUUUGAUAAUAUGGAUAUUGAUACAUUAGUAUUUUAUGGUAAGACUGCGAUUUUACAAAUUUAUUCAGAAUUCCACCUUAAUGUUUUAUUGAAUGAACGUUUUACCUCAAUAAGAAAUGCUUCAUUACCUCCACAAUUGAAAUCUAAAAGGUUUGAAGAAAUUUUGGAACAAUGUGAACUUACUCAACAAAAAUUGACUGCGGUAUAUGAACAAGUUAAAAAAUUAUAUGAAAUUUCCAAAAAUCCAUCGUUAUAUGAAACAUCGUUACCAAAGGAAAGCAUAAUUAAAGCAAUGAAGUAUUGUAUAUAUGCAGGUAAUGUUUAUGCUACCUUAAUAUCAACUUUGGAUAAUUUAGAUGCAAGAUUUUCUUCAAGAGCUGAUGAUCCAAAAGUUAAUACUUUGUCUAACAUUGUGCGUUUACACAAACUUUGGAGAGAUAUAUCACAAAUCGUAUUAAGAUUCAAUGAUACAUAUUGUUUAGCAAAUAAUUUUUUUAUCUACUCUACAAUUUUAAUUAUUGUAAUGACACAUCUCGGGGAAUUAGUGGAUCAUUUCACAUUGGAAGAUAUUGCUGUAAUUUUUAAAAUAUUUGGUAGAUUAAGUUAUUUCCCAAUACUAACAGAAAAUGUAGGGUAUCAUCAAGUUACGGAUAGUGCUCUUUUUAAAUCCUAUUGUAGAACAUUUUCUAUUACGGCUAUUUAUUGUAAGAUGCUGAUUGAAAACUUUCCACAUAAAAUAGGAAUGAAAGAGGAAGAGUUAAUAGACGGAUUAGGAAAGAUUGCUCCUGAAAUUAUGCCCCUGGUUGAGGCAUGUUCUGAUCCUAAAGCCUGGCCAUAUAGAUAUUUAAUGAGACCGGUGGCUAAGUCUGGAUUCCAUCUCAAGAUUAAAAGAAUGUUGAAUUAUAUCGGAGUAAAUGAAGGAAUUGCAGAUGAAAAUCCAACUUCAAGGAAUAAUAGUAUUUUUAAAAAUAUCGGAUUAUCUGGUGCUGUAAUUAAUAAUAAUAAUUCGUUUUCUUCAGUUGGUUCAUCUUUAAAUAAAUAUUCUAAGACAAUGGAUCAUCAGAUGUUAACUCCUGGAACAACGAUGGGUAAUUCUUCGACAACUACCGAUUCAGAAACAUAUGCAGCGCAAUCUUCAGGAAAUAAUGAUAACUUGGGUAGACAUCCUAACGAUUUUGGCUUAAUGGAAAAUGACUUUGAGUCUCCUGCUUAUAAUCUUGGUACUUUGGAUGAAUUCGUACAAAAUAAUGAUUUAACAGAUCUCUGUGAUGCUUUGUGGGGUGAUUUAUAUACAUUUAAAUACUAA